AUGGCGUGCACUAUCUUGACGUCAACAAACAAAUUGGCNUCCAGUCAUUCACCAAUAGUAGCACAAUGCAGUAAUGGUGUUGGUCGAAGUGGUACAUUUUGUGCCAUAUACUCAAUCAUCGAACGAGUGAAACAAGAACAGAUUGUUGACGUCUUUCAGGCUGUAAAAGACAUUCGUAGGAAUCGACCUCGAGCAGUUGGGACACUGGACCAGUACGUCUGCUGUUACAAAAUAAUUCAAGAUUACCUUGAUUCUUUCAGCGACUAUGCAAACUUUACUAAAUAGACAUAUUCUUAGUAAAACAAAUAUCUAGUUGUCUCUAGCUUAGUUUUUUAUUCUACAUUCUUAGUAGUUUGGUAAAAAGUAAAACAUAAUAUUGAGCUUCAACAUUCAGUUUUAGUAUUUUUUAAAACUAGAUCCAGUAAGUACAAAUAAAAGUGAUAAUAAAGCAUU